GGUCCUCGUUAAGGUCCCGCCCCUUCAUUCAGCUCCCAAGGGAAGGAAGGAGGAAGUCCUCCAGCCGCGUGUGUCACUUCCAGUGUGCUGCAGAGCGGGGCUGCCAUGUCUCUCCCUGGAAUUAUCUAGCUGCUGCUGUUGUCAGCGGGAAACGAGGUUACAUCCGAAGGCUGCUCUGGGGAGCGGGGUACCGAGCUCGGGUGGUGUAAGCGUGUUCGGAAGUGGAGCGUGGCAGAGAAAAAAAGAAGACCCGAGUGGGGUGGCGGUGGUGGGGGUGUUUCUUUCCUGGUCGACACUACGGGAUUGACGUAUAAAAACAUGGCGGAGCAUCACCCGGCGUCCGACAACAAACACAAAUCCUCGCUGAACUCCACGGCGUCGUACUCCGGGAACGGGCGGAGCAGCACGGCGGUAGCGGAGAGGGACGGCACCGCUGCCGGGGCAGGGGGGCUGCCUGGUGGGUUGUCGCAGCCMGCCGGCUGGCAGUCCCUGCUGUCUUUCACCAUCCUGUUCCUGGCCUGGCUGGCCGGCUUCAGCUCCAGGCUCUUUGCCGUCAUCCGCUUCGAGAGCAUCAUCCACGAGUUCGACCCCUGGUUCAACUACAGGUCGACUCACCAUCUCACCACCAAUGGCUUCUAUGAGUUCCUCAACUGGUUUGAUGAAAGAGCAUGGUACCCUCUGGGGAGGAUAGUAGGAGGCACAGUGUACCCAGGCCUCAUGGUGACCGCAGGCCUCAUCCACUAUGUGCUGAACCUGCUGCACAUCACCGUCCACAUCCGGGACGUGUGUGUUUUCCUGGCACCGGUGUUCAGCGGCCUGACCUCCAUCUCCACCUUUUUGCUGACGAAAGAGCUGUGGAACCAGGGGGCUGGGCUGCUGGCGGCCUGCUUCAUCGCCAUCGUUCCAGGCUACAUUUCCCGCUCUGUGGCCGGCUCCUUCGACAACGAAGGGAUCGCCAUCUUUGCUCUGCAGUUCACCUAUUACCUCUGGGUGUCGGCUUGGGGAGGUUACGUGUUCAUCAUCAACCUCAUUCCUCUUCACGUCUUUGUCCUGCUGCUGAUGCAGUGCUUCAGUAAGAGAGUCUACAUCGCCUACAGCACCUUCUACAUCGUGGGCCUGAUUCUGUCUAUGCAGAUCCCCUUUGUGGGCUUUCAGCCAAUCAGGACCAGCGAACACAUGGCAGCAGCAGGUGUGUUUGUUCUGCUUCAGGUCUACGCCUUCCUGCAGUAUCUGAAGGACAGGCUGACCCGGCAGGAAUUCCAGACCCUCUUCUUCCUGGGGGUUUCUCUGGCUGCCGGCGUGGUUUUCCUCUCGGUCAUCUACCUGACGUACACAGGGUACAUUGCUCCAUGGAGCGGGCGCUUCUACUCUCUCUGGGACACGGGCUACGCUAAGAUCCACAUUCCCAUCAUCGCGUCGGUGUCGGAGCACCAGCCCACCACCUGGGUGUCCUUCUUCUUUGACCUGCACAUCCUGGUCUGUACUUUCCCAGCAGGCCUCUGGUUCUGCAUCAAGAACAUCAACGAUGAGCGGGUCUUUGUGGCCUUGUAUGCCAUCAGCGCUGUGUACUUUGCGGGUGUAAUGGUGCGUCUGAUGCUCACUCUGACUCCGGUGGUCUGCAUGCUGUCGGCUGUGGCCUUCUCCAGUGUUUUUGAACACUACCUUGGUGACGACACGAAGAGACAGAGCCCACCCACAGACGACAGCAGUGACGAGGACGACAGGAAGAACGCAGGAAACCUUUACGACAAGGCCGGGAAGGUGAGGAAACACGUGUCGGAGCAGGAGAAGCCCGAGGAGGGCCUGGGCCCCAACAUUAARUCCAUAGUCACCAUGCUGAUGYUGAUGCUGCUCAUGAUGUUUGCUGUCCACUGCACCUGGGUCACCAGCAACGCCUACUCCAGCCCCAGUGUGGUGCUGGCAUCCUAUAACCACGACGGCUCCCGUAACAUCCUAGAUGACUUCAGAGAGGCGUACUACUGGCUGAGGCAGAACACAGAUGAGCAUGCCAGAGUGAUGUCAUGGUGGGAUUACGGCUACCAGAUAGCAGGCAUGGCCAACAGGACCACUCUGGUGGACAACAACACGUGGAACAACAGUCAUAUAGCUCUGGUGGGCAAAGCCAUGUCCUCCAAUGAGACCGCCGCCUACGAGAUCAUGAGGUCCCUGGAUGUGGACUAUGUCCUGAUCAUCUUCGGAGGAGUCAUUGGCUACUCAGGUGACGACAUCAACAAGUUCCUGUGGAUGGUGCGCAUUGCUGAGGGGGAGCACCCUAAAGACAUCAGG